UUAUUGGGAGCGCUUGUUUGCUCACAUGGUACCACUCUACUUGCAUCACUAACCUCCUCUUCAUCCAUGUACUGCUUUCCACGAAGUGUAUCCCUCAUUGGGCGAAACAUAUGGAAGCCGGAAGGUGCAAGAUCUGGCCUGUAGGGUGCUGCCAGCUGGCAUGCGGGAGAUUGGACUGGUUUUUGCGAUCUUGUUGAAAUGACGACAGACACUUCACCCAACAGCAUGCUUCUGUUCACUGCCAGGUCUCUGUAGACAUUCUGCAAGUGACUAUGAAUAUCUGUGGGACGUUCCACAACAAAUUCUACAUUUUUCCAAGCAAAGUUGGCCAAGAAAAAAAAUGUGUUGCAUUACUUACUGAAUGUCCCUCGUAUUUAUUGUAACUAAUUGUGCAUCAUGGUCACAGAUAGCAUUUGUUACUGGGUAAACAGUUAUUUUCUUGGUUUGAGCUUCAGCAAAGCAAACAUAUCAUUAAGGCCUACUGUCUUUAUCCACCCAGUUGGAAAGUUGACCACAGAGGUCAAAUUGUAGGCUCCAAAUAAGGUUUUCAGAUAAUUUUUCCUUACUGGAAACCUUUGGAAAAUCUACACUGAAGUCAGCACAGAUUAUUAACUGAUUGCUGCUGAAGAGUGAAAUGUAGACGAAGAUGAUGGUGAGAGUGAGUGGACAGGAAGUAGUGGUUAUGACGAAAAAGAUGAUGAAGAAAAUGAAGAGGAAGAUGAAGAGGGAAAUGAAGAAGACAAUGAGGAAGAAAAUGUCGUUGAAGAAAAUGAAGAGGAUGGUGGUGAUUUGAAUGAUGGCUGUGGUGCGAAUAGUGGUGCUCCUCGGGGUGAUGGUGUAUGGAUAGAUAUUACAGGAAUAGGGGAGCUUCCUAAUGACAUCGAUUUCUUGCCACAAAGGGGAAAAAUUUCUGAAGUAGUGACAAAUUGUAGGAGUUUCCUAUAUUUUUUCCAACCAUGUUUUUCUGACAAGCUUUUGAAUGGCACUGUGGCUGAGACAAACCGAUACGCCCAUGAUAAGAUUGAAAAAAUGAGCCCCCUGAAGCCCCAUUUGCAGUGGAAAGGUUGGCAUGAUGUGACUUUGACGGAAAUAAAAGCUUUUUAGGGUACCAUUCUCAACAUGGCGAUGAAUGAAAAAAAAGAGACAUAAAAGCCUACUUUUCUACUGAUUGGACAACAAAGCAGGACUUUUUUCCAUAAGUAUUUUGCUGUGACCGAUUUUUGCAACUUUACCGGGCCUUUCACAUUUGUCCUCCAGCUCCUCGGUGCUCAUCAAAAUUAGCUACUCGAGCCCAAAAAGUGAAGAAUGUCGUCGAUUUCAUUGACAGCACGUGUCGAGAAUACUUUUCUCCAGGGGAAAAAAUUGCAGUGGAUGAGUCUAAUGUCGGUUUCAAGGGAAGAAUUACGUUCAAGUGCUAUAAUCCUCAGAAAGUGGGGACUACGAGUCUAUGUCCUGGCCGAUUCGGAAACAGGAUACAUUUCGGAGUUUGAGCCCUACUAUGGGUCUCCUACGACGGAGUCCUUGGUGUGCCCUGAACUUCCCUUUAUGUUCCGAAUCGUCCUUCAUUUGUUUGUUCGACUCUACAGCAAGAUUGCCCAGCUCAGGGGAGGCACAUAGGCACAUGCACACCGACAGAUACUAUACAAGCUUGCAGUUGGCGGAGGAAUUGAAGAAAGAAGAAACUCAUCUAAUCAGGACAAUAAUGGCAAACCAAAAAGGUUUACUGGUCAAGGUAAUUAGCUUAUUUCACUAAAUAUUUUGCAAAAUAGAACUGCACAAAAUUUACAAUGAUUUUUUUUUAUUUGCAGGUAAAGGGAUAAAAGCUGUCAAAACUCAAAAAGGGCGACGUGAAGGCAUUCGAAAAUGCAGUGGCAGUUAUUCUAGCAUGGAAAGACAAAAGGCCGAUUAUCAUGGAAUCUACCCAUCACAAAGAUGUUGUGCAAGAAAUCACCCAGAAAAAGCAAGGAGGCAAUGAAGAGGUGAUCCAGAAGCGAUCAAUGAUUUGUGACUACACAGCAAAUAUGGGAGCCACAGACAGAGCCGAUGACUAGUGCGCGUCAUACCAUUUAGCCAGAAAAUUCCUCAAAUGGAGGAGGAAAAUUUUCUUCUGGUUAUUCGAGGUGGGGAUCGUCAAUGCCUACUUGCUAUAUGUCAUCAUAGCAAUGAAAGGAGGAGAGACACCAAAGAGUCAUUUGCAGUUUCGGAAGAAUCUCGUCAAGGAGCUUGUGGGCGAUGUCAGGGCUCAUUGAGGAAGAGGUCACACUCUGAACAUGAUGACCUAUACAGGAUGGAUGGCCUGUACCAUUCUAUUGCAAGAAUGGACACCGGAAAACAGGAUGACUGUGUCGUUUGCAGUGAUCGCUUUAAGCCAGGAGGGCGAAAACGGUCCCCCCCUUUUUUUUUGCGAAACUUGUCCGUCCAAACCUUCUCUUCAUGUGCCUGAGUGCUUCAACAGGUAUCACAAAGUAGCAAAGUACCGAAGGAACUUGUAAAAUAUGAUUGCCUAUCGAAAAAUCGAUAUGCCAAAGUUGUAAAGUUUGUUUUAAGCAAAUUUUAUGAAAUUUUGUAGC